CCGCCCAGCUUCGCGGGGGACGGACCGAGGAGUCGAAGCGGUCGGAGGCUUUUACGGCUGUGGCCUGCCGGAAAGUGCGUGAGUGCAGCCAUCGGGGCGUUCUGUUGUUUUCCGGAUCCCGGGUCCGAAGGCGGUGAAAUGUGUUGGGAUGAAUCUUCCUGUGAGGGCUUCCGGAAGGGAGUAAGGGUAUGUUAUGUAUAAAAGUGGAUAAUUUCUAUGGUAAAUGAGAAUGGCCAAUUCUUUAAGAGGAGAAGUAUUGAGUCUUUAUAAAAAUCUGCUGUAUCUUGGACGAGACUAUCCAAAAGGAGCAGACUAUUUUAAAAGGCGUUUGAAGAAUGCUUUCCUUAAAAACAAAGAUGUGAAAGACCCAGAGAAGAUCAAAGAACUUAUUGGACGGGGUGAAUUUGUGAUGAAAGAGCUAGAAGCAUUAUAUUUCCUUAGGAAAUACAGAGCUAUAAAACAACGCUAUUAUUCAGAUGUCAAUAAAAGUAACUAAACAUUACCACUAUAA